CGGGGAGGUGGCCCUCCAGAGGGAGGAGACAGGGAGAGGACCAGACCUGCAUGCUGGUUUGAUCAACACAGAGGACCUCCUGCAUGCCAUAAACGCCAGCAUGCCUUCCGUCUGGGUUCUCCUUUAAACAAAUCCUCCUGUUUGUGCAGAACAGGAGACUGUGGGUGUGUGGGAGUCGGCAGGAAUCCGCCUCUGACCUUUUGGGAUUAUUCAGAGGAGUGUGGCCACCCAGGGACAGGGUGGGACUGGGGGAUUUCCGUGUUGGGAAGAGGUAACUCAUUAACACCACUGAAGGGGUGUGGUGACGCUGCCGGGCAAGCUGCCUGUCAUGUGAGUCUGCCGCCGACAGAAGGACCCAGGCGACGGACGGACGGACAGGCUAGGAGGCUAGCCUGGGCUAGAGCUGUGUGUGUCGGGCCAUAACACACCCAAACACGCUGACAUAAGACACGCGCACACAUAUACACACAACACACACAAACAUGCUGGCAUGAGACGCGCACGAUUGUGCUUCGACCCAACCCACUGAGGACAAUCAGACUAGUGAGGAAACUGGCCCAGUGGCACGCGCCCUGUCACAUGCAGGCAAUCAGCUGCAACAUCCACAGUGGCCUGUGAGCUGCUGUGGUUGGAAACCGGCAAGCUAGCCAGCCACCUAGCCUAGCCUGGAGCCACCCAGCCUGGAGCCACCCAGCCUGCGGCAAGCUACACCCAGCCUGCGGCAAACUACACCCAGCCUGCGGCAGGCUACACCUAGCCUGGAGCAAGCUACACCCAGAAAACAGACAUGGACCCUUUGGAGCAGGAAUACAAGUCCCCAUUUGACUUUGAACAGGGGGUGAAUACCCGAUACCUCUAUCUGUCUCCCAGCUUCAACGUAACACCACCAGGCUCACCACAGGGGACGGUCAGAGCCAAAGGUGCUGUUAGGGCGGAGUCUGUCCCCGAGGUGGGGGAGGAUGCCGUGACGUCAGUGUCUCCAUCCGUCCCCCCCAUGACAGAGGAGGAACAGGAGGAGCUACGAGAGCAGCUACUCAAGGUGGAGGAUGAGAUUGUGACUCUAUCUCAGGUGCUGGCGUCUAAGGAGAAGCAGAUGGCAGACAUCAAGAGGAAGCUGGGCAUCACUCCACUCAACGAGCUCAAACAGAAUAUCAGCAAGAGCUGGCAGGAGGUCACCACCUCUACAGCGUUUAAGAAGACGUCUGAGGGCCUGUCGGUGGCCGGUCAGAAGGCCACAGCCGCCUUCACCACCAUGGGCUCAGCCAUCACCAGGAAGCUGGAGGACGUCAGAUUGCAGUCUCUUUCUAAUUCCUUUGGCAUACGCUCCCUCCAGCACUCCGCUAGCAUGCCUGUGAUGAGGAACACUCCCACCUUUAAGUCGUUCGAGGAGAAAGUAGAGACUUUAAAGGUCAAGAUUAACCCAGCGGCGUCUCCGGGUGACUUUGAUGGUAUGAGCUCUACAGCGACCUCUGACCCCGCUGUUCCUGUGGAGAAACAACCGGAGGCCACGCCCAUGGACAUCCAGAAUGAACAGCCCCACUGAGACCAGUGUGAUCAUUCACCCCAGACCCCCAGCCAGCCUGACUUCCAGUGGAAACAUAAAGUUCUGUGUCCCUUCUUUCUGCUCUCCCUGUCACCUCCGCUGCUCCGCAACCCCCAAGCACAACACAGCCAAUAAGAAAAGCAAACAAAUGUGGUUCCCCUGUGACUUUUUUUUAUUUUUGAUACAUUUUUAAGAUUCUUGUGACACCUUAACGUUUGUGUGUUUGUUUGACUAAGUUUUUAUUAGAAUGUCCGUGGGUUAAGGAACCUGUAAAUGUGUCAGUAUAUAUUACACGUGAGAUGAGCACCUGUAACAGUAAGGGGUGGGUUAUAAAGUUGUAACGGCACAAAGCCAGUUAAUUCACACAAGGCAUUUGAGCAGUAUCAGGCUUUUUAUUUUUUUCAUUUGGUAUGUUUUUCAAUUUCCUAUUUUGCUUUGACGAUUUCUAGUCUAACACUGAAGUGUCUGUUUUGGUCUCACACAGUUUACUGGGUAAAGGCAUGUCACUCUCACCAGUAUCUCCAUUCAACUGUCCCUGUCUAUCUGAAUAACACUAGUAAUGUGGUAUUGAGCCCAGCUGAGUUAAUCCCAGAUCUUUAUAGCUCCAAUACUCCUCUGACAGUGAAAACCACAGGCACUGGACUAAAUCUGCUCUCAGAGCAGUUUAUAAAGCUAAACUCUGACAUGAAAGGGGGCGUGCCGACGCAUCCAGAUCAGUGAGUAAUGCUUUGUUAAUAUGGUCGGUCGGCUAGCUUUGACCCCCCCAGGUCAGUCCAAUGUUCAUCCCUUACAGCCCUACGCAGGCUGGGCCAAAGUCAAUAUUUGAGCGCCAGUCAUUUGUUUCUGUGAGGGUGUUUAAAAUGGCUACUUUCUCUGCUUACUAUGCAGAGACACAUCCGGAUAUUCACUGGAUGCUUUGUACGUUUCUGCUGUUGAAUGUUACACAAUAAUGUGUAGGUUGUUUUUACCCUGAUGUCCAUUUUUUUCCCUUUUAACAAAUAUUUUAGAAUGUCCCUCAAAUAGGUGGGUUAGUUACUGCACCCCCCACACACAUUUGAUUUCAUUUAUCAAGGGUUUGUUGAAUGUGGUGUGACAAAUUAUACAUUCUUUGCAGUGAAAUCUUAAUACGAGAGGGUUUUCUCUUCUGAUUCAAAGGAUGUAACCAAAACAAUUUUGGAAAUAAAUAGUGAGCUUGCAAAAUCA